CUAGAGGACCAUGUUCGUGAUCGUCUGCGUCUCGACCUGGGACACGCCGGGGAUCGCCUUGAGCUUGGCGAUGAAGUCCGCCUCCGGCGGGUGGCCGGCCUCCUCCCAGGGGCCGUAGCCCUCGAGGGGCUGCGUGACCAUGACCUUGAAGUCGAGGCAGCCGCCGCAGACGAGGCCUGUGCGUUUGAGCGGUGAGUUAUCGACGACGGCGUGGACGCCGCACCGCACGGUUCACCGUCACGCCGUCGAUCUUCUUGAGCUCGGGCAGGUACUCAUCCAACACUUUGGAGCAGGCCUCGAGCGACGCGCUCGUCGCCUUGUCGCCCUCGUACUUGCAGCGCCACUCGCGGCACACACCUGCGUUCGUAACGGUCCGCGUGUUGCACGCGUGAGCGCGCGCGCGUCGGCGACGCAUGUCGUCGCAGCGCAUCGAUCAAUGCCGGACGCUGGCUGCAUGCGGUCAAACUCCAUGGCUCCAUUGGCCAGCGGCACGCCCUGCUGCACCACGGUAGCCCGCUGGUGCACCGACGGCGCGAAGGCCCCAGCGCUGGCAGCUAAUGCGAGGACGGCUUUGUACAUGGUGCUUUGAAACGGUGCGUGCAAUGCCACUUGCUUUGAAACGGUGCGUGCAAUGCCACUU